UUAAUUUCAAAAUUAAAUGAGUAGGGAUUAUUCAAGUAUGACGAUUAUUAACUUUGAAAUUUUUUAAAUGAAAUAAUGCAAAAACUAUUAUUUAUACCAGUCCAAAGUUGAUUUUAUAAUGGUCUAAUGAUCAUUUUAAUUAAUUUUUUUAAAUAUUUUCAUGAGUUUUGCUAAUCUGAAAGCUUUUGUUAAAAAAUCGAUUAUCUCAAACUUGCAAGUUACCGUUCGAAUGCGUUACCGUUCGAGUGAGUCAUUUUUAAAUUAAACGAGGACUGUUUUCAAGAAUUGGUAGAAAAUAGACCAUAAAAUAUGUUAGGGGAUUAUAUAAAAUUAACCGUGAAAACUUGAUUUAUUACUCGAAAGACGAGUUAAAAGCUGCUCAAAGCUUCAGAAACUCAAACCUCAAAGCCGCUUCAGCUCAACGUUCAUUUAGAAGCUUAUAGUUCUAUAAAAAAUUAUUGGAAUGUCGGCAGUCGUAAAAAUUAUUACUCUUAUGAAUAGAGUCAUCGUUUGUGCUACUAACAUUUUAGCGGUAUUUACGAAAAACUAUUUAUUUAUUUUGAAAGAUCUCAAAAAUACCUCUUAUAUAACUAUAUGUGCGAUCGGAAGCUUAAUCGUAACUGUUGUAUUGAUCAUUAUUAUUUUCGACUGUAAAAUGUAUUUGAAUGUCGAUCAAAGCAAUAGUAAAAAAAUUAGUGAAACUGUGUGCAAAUCCAAUUCAAGAUUUCAUAAACAAAUUGUCCAUGAAUUUCACCGCAUAUCUAAUAAUUGUUCUUCUACAUACAGUUCAAUAAAAUGUCUAGAGUUUUCAUACAAGUUCCCAGAAUUAAUUAAUGUCAAAGUAAAUGGAGCUACUCCUUUUCACGAAGUUUGUUUUCGUGGUAAUGACAUUUUAGUUGAAUACAUGUUGGCUAAAGGAGCUGAUCCCAAACGACUGUCGGUGGCAGGUGAAAAUGCUCUAUGCAUGGCUUUACAUCAUUAUUUGUUUACUUCAUCGAAAGAUUUUAAAUGCCUUGACAUUUUACAAAAGAAAGGAGUUAAAUUGAAUACCGAUGAUGAAUGGUACAAAAUAUUUUUAGCUCUUGCCAUGAAAGAAAAGAAUACCCAUUUGAUCAAAUGGUUACAAAUACACUCCAGCGCAAACAUCGACAAAAAUGAUAAGUUUUAAUUUAAAAUCCUAUACCUAACAUAUUGAAUUAGAUACAUUAUUAUCAAUAUUAAUUAAAUAAUUUGUAUUACUCAUUUAAUUUUAGCUUAAAUAAAAAAUUUUCUUCGGCAAUAAUAUACUACUUCAUCUUUAAAAACUUCUCUGCAAACAAUUUAGUUUCUAUUAAAUUAUGUCCAGCUUUCAUAUAAAAGCGGCUUGCUGAACGGCCAAAGGCUCGACAAUCGGCAUCCUCAAACAUUGCUGAUCGAGCUGAGUUGCCGAGGCCUGCGAUUCUUGAAAAUUAUUCACGUCGUUCAGUGGCGCUGU